AAAACUCUCUCUUGCUGCGGUUUAGAACGCUUAUUUCCCUUAACUUUCCGGAUUUUCCCUGCCUGACGUUUUAGUUUAGUGUCAGCAUCGCUAUAAUCUAGGGUGAAAAUCUGGACUGGAAAUUCAUAUACUCUGGUGAUAGUGAUAAAAAAAAAAUAAGUAAUUGUUUAAAAAUGUUGUUAAGUGUUUAGUAGAGACGAAUUAGAAUUUGAAAUAAUGCAAGAAACUCAUAAAUCUUUCAUGAUUAAAGAUUUGCUGGGGGACGUUUUGACUAAUUCAGCGCAAGAUUUCGAUUUGGAAUCUGAACCAUCUUCAAAUGACGAUCAUUCCAUCAGCAUCCACGAUUCCGGCUACUUACCGUUGCCGAUCCAAGACGCCAACGAACAGUGCGAUGCAGUCAAAAGCAGAAAGCCGCGCAGACGCAGGACUGCUUUCACGCACGCGCAAUUGGCAUUUUUGGAAAGAAAAUUCAGGUGUCAAAAAUACCUUUCAGUAGCUGAUAGAAGUGACGUAGCAGAUGCUUUGAAUCUAAGCGAAACCCAAGUGAAAACUUGGUACCAAAACAGAAGGACAAAAUGGAAAAGACAAAAUCAACUCAGACUGGAACAGUUACGUCAUCAAGCGUCAGUAGAAAAAGACCUUAUGAACGUUUCCAAUUUAAGGAAGUCAUCAGAUCAGCAAAUUUGUUGUCCGCCCAGUUUGCCUGUGCGAUACGGAGCUCAAAGUCCGUGUUCGUUUCUGAGUUCCGCUGCUGCUGCAAUUUUUCAUAACGUCACUUACGUGCAUGGUUGUCAGUUGUAGAACUAUGGUUUUAUUACUACUGCAAUUUUUGAAAAGUAAUAUUUUCAGUUUAGGUCAUUUAUGUAUUAAGUUAUGUUUUGUUUCUUAUUUAUUUAAAAUUUGAUUGUUACUUUUAAUAGGUCGCCAUGUAAUAUAUAGCUUUGUUGUAAAUAAAAAGUAUUAUCAUUAA